GGAGGAUGUGCUAACUCUUCAUACAACUCUAUGAAUAAUCAGGUUUUCCAAUGAUUUACAUACCAAACUUAUUCUAUAUGUGAGCAAAAAUUGGAAAUAACUGAGGAGCAUACUAAAAAGUUGUUAUGUAUAAUAUUUAAAUCCCCCAAUCUCGCGCUACACCUGCAGCGACGCGACUUUUACUCUGAAGGUUAUAACCGGAAGUUUGAUGACGCUGCUGCUAGCUUGAAUGCUGGUGAAUCCGUGAUGACAGGCGGAGCCGAUGAGGCAGCAGGUGAAUCAUUUACAUUUUGUAGUUUAUCUCCUCGUUCCACCUGUUUAACGCAAAACAAACCGAAAGAUACGUUGAGCGGAAAUGUUCGACUGUAUGUGACAAGUUCCGCUGUCCAAAAUAAAAACAAUAACAUCCGCUCAGAGUGGACAAAAAGACGAAACCACGCCGCCGGAGCCUGGACUUAGCAGGUCAGUUGUUGUGACAGGAGGAACCUCACAGUUGGAGCCAUGUUGUCAGGGGAGGAGAUUCUGUGCAGCACGCAGCAGGUGAUCGCCGGGCUGGAGGCGCUGAGAGGAGAGAACCGGGGCCUGCUGGAGAGCCUGCAGGAGCCGCUGGAGAGUCGGCCGACGUCAGAGAGCGGCAGCGUGGAGCAGGAGAAGAGCGGCAUCGUCCUCCAGUUACUGGAGAGGAUAGAGCUGGGGCUGAGCGAGGCUCAGGUGAUGAUGGCGUUGUCGGCUCACCUUGGUUCUCUAGAGGCAGAGAAACAGAAGCUGCGUGCUCAGGUGCGUCGUCUCUGUCAGGAGAAUCAGUGGUUGAGGGACGAGCUGGCUGGUGCUCAGCAGCGGCUGCAGGACAGGGAGCAGGAGGUGGUGACGCUGGAGGAGCAGAACAAACACCUGCAGUUCAUGUCCUCCAUACGCAAAUACGACCUGGAGGAGCCGCAGCUGGAUGACAAAGAUCCGUCUUCCACCAAGGAGUCUCUGGACGACCUCUUUCCUACAGAAGACGAGGAACAGUCCCAGAUGUCUCAGCCUCAUCACAGCAGCGCAGCAGCCGCUGCUCAGCAGGGCGGCUACGAGAUUCCCGCCCGCCUUCGGACGCUCCACAACCUGGUCAUCCAGUACGCAUCCCAGGGACGAUACGAGGUCGCUGUGCCACUCUGCAAACAGGCUUUGGAAGAUCUGGAGAAAUCCUCAGGCCACACACACCCAGAUGUUGCCACCAUGCUGAAUAUCCUGGCGCUGGUGUACAGAGACCAGAACAAAUACAAAGAAGCAGCAAACCUGCUGAAUGACGCGCUGGCGAUCAGAGAGAAGACUCUUGGAAUAGACCAUCCGGCUGUGGCAGCAACGCUCAACAACCUGGCGGUGCUUUAUGGGAAAAGAGGGAAAUACAAAGAAGCAGAACCGCUGUGUAAAAGAGCUCUGGAGAUCAGAGAGAAGGUUCUGGGCACCGACCACCCAGAUGUGGCCAAGCAGCUGAACAACUUGGCUCUGCUGUGUCAGAACCAGGGGAAGUACCAGGAGGUGGAGCAGUACUACGAACGCGCUCUGCACAUCUACCAGAGCAAACUGGGACCAGACGACGCCAACGUGGCCAAGACCAAGAACAACCUGGCAUCGUGCUACCUGAAGCAGGGGAAAUACAGACAGGCUGAAUCACUUUACAAAGAGAUCCUGACCAGAGCACAUGAAAAGGAGUUUGGAUCUGUAGAAGGUGAUGGUCAUCCCAGCUGGUCCGGUGCUGAGGAGGGCGGCUCUGGCGAGGACGGACUCAGUAACCUCAAGCGCAGCGGCUCCUUCACCAAACUCAGAGAGUCGAUUCGCCGGAGCAGUGAGAAACUGGUCCGCAAGCUGAGAGGUGUUGGAAUGGAGGAAACGAGCCCGAGGAAUGCUGGGAUGAAGAGGGCGAACUCUCUGAAUGUGCUGAAUGUUGGUGCCAGAGAGAGUCAGGACAGCGUCAAGUCAAGCCGUCUGACAGACGCUCGAGGUCUGAGCUCCAGCACGCAGAGCCUGACGAGACGAGGUUCACUCGGUGGGGCGAGCUAACACACAAACACACCUUCUACAAACAGCUAAAGAAAACUGGAAAGAUGUUCACACGCAGCUCUACGCUGAUCGCUCCUGUCAGGUGUCCUACACCAAUGUAGAUUCCCCACUUCGAGUCAAAAAAUGGCUCUCAUUAAUGGAAACUUUAUCAAAAAAUAUCCAUUGCAAAAUGGAGAAUCACACCUCAUUUAAAAAUUAGAUUCAGGUAAGAGGAAAGUCAAAUAACAAUAAAUACGACAUGUUUGUCUCCGGUGAUGACGUGUCUCCAAAAAGUGGUUCACAAAUUAUCUACAUCGCACUGGAAACUUUCCUUCCUGUUCACUUGAAACUUAAUAUCAUUCCUUCCUGGAUGUAGAUUAGAAACAAAUUCAGUUUCGUCAUUACAGAUCGAUUAGCUCGAAAUGGAAAACAUAUUGUGAAACGCACAAAUCCUUUUAAACCUUGAAUAACACCAGAAUCUACCCUGUCAGAGAAGUUGUCAUGAUGUUUUUGACAUUAUAUUUGUAUGAAAACACCCCACAUCACUUGCAGGUUAACAAAAAAAUAAUCUGUUAUACAAUUUUAUAUUUUUAGGUACAUUUUCUAUCAACAAAAAGUUAUUUAUGUUUUAAAGUUUCUAAAAAUGAACAGGCACAUUGACAUUAAAGAUAAUCUUUUUUAAAUGUUAUAAAUUAUCUCUUGCGAAGUACAGGGAUGUUAAGUUGUUUGCACAAUUUUCAAAUGUAAAUGUUACAUUUGGUUUACGAGGGAGAAGUUAAGCUAUCGAUUUGUACUGUUACAGAAGUUAUUUUCAUGUGUUUUGCCUUUUAAAUGUGCAGGUAAUUCUGAUUAAUAUUGUCAAAUCUAAUGAUAAAAACACAAAUGUGUUUCUCAGCUGUGCUGUACCACAGUUCUGUCAUUCCACUUUAUGAGAAUAAGGACCAACUUUUUUAAACUUAAAUUAAAAACGUAACACUUGAAAGAGAGAACUCUUUAAUAAAGAUAUUUUUGCACAUUUAUAUAUUACUGAUUAAUCAAACUACAUUAAUUUAUUAUUGAAUAUUAGCAUUCCUUAAAUUUCAAUAAAUUGCAUUUUUCAAAUAUGUAUUUGUUGCAUUGUGAAUUUUUAACAACUGAUAAAAAUAGUUUUGAAAUACCUGGGGCCGGAUGUGUAGAUGAUUUAUACUUUUACAUAUAAAAAACAUGCACAUGUAUUUUUUUCCCACCGUACCGUACGUACAGCGUCAUACAUCUGACAGUAUGUGUUUGCAUGUUUUUUUGUGAAUCUAUAGUUUUAUACAUCUGGCCCCUGGAGACCCAAAGUUAUUGUUGUGUGCCUGAGCCGGCGUUGUUUUGAUGAUUUUAAACUGGCUUGGACUGAACUGAGGUCAGUCAAGAGAAUCAAAACAUCCGGCAGCAGCGAGUGCAAACCAGAGAAACACAGAGUGAAUACUGGACCUGUAGUAAACGGAUGGACAUUUGUCUCCAUAUAGCAGCACAUGCAGGGGAUGCUUAAACCCAAAAUACUUGUGUGAGUGAGUAUGUUUUGGGGUUUGACCCGCUGUGGGAAAAGUAGCAUCAUGUAGCAGAAUUAAGAACAACUUUGAGGAACAGGUAGCCAACUGAAUCAUGUCUAUUUCAUCUUGUAAUGUCACGUCUUUGCUUAUUCACUGAAAUGCCUGAAAUCAACAACUAUUAUAGAUGGUAAACUAUCUUUUGUUGACGUGUAGAUUUAUUUGUGGUCUUUUUUUAAUAUGUUAGAGCGAAAAUUACUUGAACUAGUAACUGAAGGCGAACUCCAGAUUUGGUGACUUGACUAUGACACUGGAUGUCCUCAGAAAUCUCGACUCCCAAAUACUUUUCAAAUACCAGCUGAUGCUCACAGGUUUUAUUCCAAACGUCGUCUUAGGGCUCACUUCCAUUUCUUUACUCAAACAUAUCCUAUUUUUCCAUGAUGGAGAACUACUGAUUGUACAUUUGCUGUGGUAGAAGAUGUUGUUACUGCUGUUUGAUUACUGAGUUACUGUAAAAACUACAGUCUGUAAGAAUGUUAUAUACAAAUAUGUAGAAAAGGAACUUCUCUGUUUAUUCUGGUAAAUAUGAGUGUUUGUAUUUUAUAUUUGCAAACGUGAGCUGAAAUAAAUUACAAUAAUAUCCUUGUA